AAUAUUCAAAUAUUAAAAGAAGAAAUAAGGCAAAAUUGAAGAGGACUUUAUAUUUCUAAAUAAUGAUACUUACUUUAUUGCUACUGUGUUUUCUUCUUAUACUAUUAUAUUACUAUUAUAUUCUUUGUGAUAGAAAAUUUGUGCAACUUAUUGAUAAAAUACCGAGUGUACCGUCACUUCCAAUAUUUGGCCACGCCUUAAUAUUAUGGAUGCCAUCGCGAGAAGACCUUUGGAAGCUUCUGCAUGUAUAUACUAAUAUUUAUUAUCCAAUAUGGAAGCUUUGGUUAGGACCAUUUGCUUAUGUCAGUAUUUGUCAUCCAGAUGAUUUAGAGAAAGUAUUAAGUACUACAAAACAUCUUGAAAAAGGUUCUGUUUAUACUUUGUUAAAUCCUUGGUUGGGAACUGGACUAUUAACUAGUAAAGGAACAAAAUGGCAUGAAAAACGAAAGAUACUAACACCUACAUUCCAUUUUAAUAUAUUGAACCAAUUCGUUGAGAUGUUGAUUGAGGAAGGAAAUCAUAUGACACAAUCUUUAAAGAAUAUUGAAGGAUCGACUGUUAAUGAUUUAGUAUCCUUUAUCAGUUUUCACACAUUGAAUGCAAUAUGCGAAACUACUAUGGGCACUUCCUUGCAUAAAAUGGGCGAGUUCCAAAAGCAAUAUCGCCAAGCAAUAUACGAAAUGGGAGAAAUUAUACUUUAUAGAUUAAUAAGACCAUGGUUUGUUUUCGACACGAUAUUUGCAUUAACACCAAUGGGUAGAAAACAAAUCAAAUGUUUGAAAAUAUUGCACGAAUUUACGGAAAAAAUUAUUGCAGAAAGGAAGCGAUAUCAUGAACUUACUGAAGGACGAUAUUUAAAAAAUUUUGCAAAUGGGAUAAGUAAUAUUGAAACAGAUGAUGACGAGAUGUUGGGAGUGAAAAAAAAACGACUCGCUAUGUUGGACCUUCUGAUAUCGGUGGCUCAAGACUACGGAAUGAGUGAUUUAGAUAUCAGAGAAGAAGUUGAUACAUUCACAUUCGAAAAUUUUCUAUCACAGGGUCAUGAUACCGUAGCGAUGGGUAUAACUUUUGCAAUGUUGUUACUAGCUGAGCACAAAGAUAUCCAGGAAUGUGUCAGAAAGGAAGUUAAUGCCAUCAUGCAAGCAAAUGAUGGAAAACUUUCCAUGUCGGCAUUAAAUAAUAUGUCUUAUUUGGAAAGAUGUUUGAAGGAAUCAUUGAGAUUAUAUCCUAGUGUUCCUUACAUGAUGCGAGUCUCAUCAGAAGAUGUAAAGCUACAGUCAUAUUUGGUGCCUUCUGGAACAACAUUAUUUCUUAAUAUCUACAGCACUCAUAGAGAUCCCAAUUUCUGGCCAAAUCCAGAAAUAUUCGAUCCAGAUAGAUUUUUGCCUGAGAAAAUCCAAAAUCGUCAUUCUUAUUCCUAUAUACCAUUUAGUGCAGGACUACGAAAUUGUAUAGGUCAACGAUUCGCUAUGUUGGAAAUGAAAGCUAUAAUAGCGCCAUUGAUAUACAAUUUUUAUUUGGAACCUAUAGAUUAUUUAAAGGAUGUUCGUUUGAAAUUGGAUAUUAUAAAUCGUCCUGUACAUCCUAUUCGAUUACGAUGCAUUCCAAUCAAUCAUACGCCAUCGACUUCAUUUAGAACUAUAUAAUUUUUAUUAAAUAAGAAGAAAUGAAUUUAAAUGAUUUGAAAAAUUUCUUAAUAUCAUACAAUCUUCCUGAAAUUGUAUUUUUUAAAAUAAUACAGUUAUUUUCUUAA